GUGCUGCUGGUGUUUUGGUUGGACAUCCGUUCGACACAGUGAAGGACGUCCUUGAAUUACGACGCACUCGACCUCGGACGUUUCGACUUUACGACGACCGUGCCUCGUCCGCCAUUUUGUCCCCAGCGCCAUAGUGUUUCUGCUUAGCUAGUGCAUAGUGCUUGUCUGUGUUUGUGUGGCGGGAGUAUCUUUGCAUUUUUCACCCUCCUUUUUUCACACUCUCAGCAGUAAUGGUAAGUACAGCAUCUUAUUUUUUUAUUUUAAUGUAUUUUAGUUUCUUUAUACGAAGUGUUAACCUUUCCUGCUACGGUCACCUGACCGUGGUUGGGAGACACAGGGGUUAACUCCCUUCUCUCGUUGCACAGCUGAGCUGGGUGGCGGCAACAAUAAAGGCACGAAGCACCGAUUUGCUGCUUUAACGGCUUUAUUAGCUCCUCUGCACAUUCAACGUCAACGGGUCCUCCGCUAAUCGCUACUCUUCCCCGGUCGCCUUCACUACACUUGCCACUGUACACACUCGCACCGGCACGCACUCCUUCCUCCUUCGCAGUCCCAUCGAACGACGCCUGCGCAGUCCCGUCUCACUCACACAUCGACGCAGACGCCCACACACACUGAGCUUGCUGUCACAAUCACGUGGGACAAUACCUGUAACCAAAGUAAAUUUCGACUUUAACAGUGAAAUCCGACUUACGCAGAAAAUCGUGUUACAGCGCCAGCGUAGGAACGGAACUCGUUUGUAAAUCGAGGACUUCCUGUACCUCAAAAUGUAAUUAUAUGCACCUACAACCUAAACCAACUUAAAUGUAUGUUUUGUAAAAUGAUUUCUAUGUACAUCUUCAGAAACACACAGAUUGUCUUGAGUAAAUGGUGAAGAAGAUACAUUGUGGUUGUUUAUCUACUGCCCCUUUUCCUGUAGCAAGGAAGUAGCCAGGGCGCUUUUGGAAGGAAAUUAAGUAAACUUAAGCAUAGGGCUGGGCGAUUAAAUAUUUGUGUUGCUUCAUUGGUGUUUGUUUGUUGAUUUUUUUGUGGCUACCGUAGUUCAAAGAGCAUCCCCGCCAAUGUGCAUUGCAAUCACUGAGGUGCACACAAGGUGGCCGAACAUAGCUGAACUGGCGUACAGGGUUCAGAAACUACUUUUCAUGAGUGCCCGACCGUAGGCAACUACGUUUGCUGCAAUUCGACAAAUAUGAAUUGCAGAAGAACGGCAUCGCAACGUCGCAGAUUUAGGCUAACGGCCUAUCAAAAACUUCAUGUCGCAUCAUAUUAGCUUUCGCAACAAAACAUUUUUCUGCAUACGAAGCGAGAUCCAGCCGACCACUUCCAAGCUGUACCAAUACAGAACGUACAACAGCUUCUCAAAUGUCCACACACUCUCCUUUAUUUCUCACCCAUUUCUUCUCUUUUUGUUAUAAUAUACCGAGCUACAACAGGCAGGGCAAUCCGUUUCUUUCUUGAAAAUUGCACCACAUUUGUGGCACUAUAAAAAAAUAAUAACAAUGUUAUGUUCACAAUGUUUUUUCCCUGAUAAGAACACCAGGGGUCACAGUUUUUCUGUUGCACCAAGUUGGUAUGUGCGAGGGUCAUUUGCUGGGUGUGAAUCACUGACUGCAAGUUAUUUGCCAUUCUCCAGUUCAGUCGCCUGCAGCAGAGAGGAGCUAGUUUACAGGAGUCGCAGUCAGUGUUGCCAAUUUUGUGAUUUGGUCACUAUAUUAAGAAUUUAAAAAGAAAUGGGAUUUUUGUGAAAAAAACAUCAGGUUCUAUUUAAAGGCCAUAUCAUCUAACCCAAUUUAAACAUACAGUAAGUAGCCUUCUGUCCUGUUUCCACCCCAGUUUAUGAAUCAGUUAAAUUAACAAUGCUCAUAUUAAUAAGCAGUAAUGGAUAAAAAUGGCUUUUUAAUAUUAUGUUACAGUGGAACUUUUAAAGUCAGACACCUAGACGCUGCUCAAACUUUGUUUCUUUUUCGGACCCAUAGGAAAUAAUGCAAAUUGUGUUAAUCUAUUCCUGGCUCAAACUGUCACCAUCAACUGCGCAGGUAAUGUUUUAAGACAAACUGGCCACUGUGUAAGAAAACUAAAUUAGGCUAAAAUAAAUCUUGGUCGAAUUAACUAGUGUAUGUAAUUGACAAUUAAUUAUUGCUCGUAUUGAAUUACUGUACCAUGUCGCAUUAAGUAUCAUUUCUGUUUCUGUGGUUAUCAUAACACUUUUUGCCUUUGCCAUCACUGGUACCACUCUCUUGUGACAUCAAAAAAGCCAAGGAAUAAAAAUGUGAAGUUGAUCCUUUUUGUUUGUUUUCUUUGACUUUUGAGGCAUACCUUUCCCUGAAUAUUGUUUCCCUUACAAAUUUUGGAAUGUUUUACUUUGGAGGUCCCACUCUAAAUUUAGGUUUGAAGCAGCUUUGAAGAAAAAGUACCAUCAGAUGCUGUGGUGGGACAUUAGUUUGUUGUACAGAGCUCCCCAAUAGGGAUUGAACCCUGCUCCCAAUGGAAAAAAACAGCAAGUAAGUGAUGCCAUCCAAAAAGUUUUGUAAUUGGAUAUAGAUUCCACAGUAUGGCAGCAAUGCACUUUUAUCUAUUAGACAAGGCAAUGGCUUGACUAUGUGAAGCUCCUCUCAUUACUGCAUCAUUUUUACUUGGCACCAAAGCAAUAUUUUAUAUUAGACAUGGCUUUGGCCUGAGCACAAAAAUGGCGAAUGUGAGUUUUGCAGAGGAUAGUUUCACCCAAAAAUCUGCAAAUAGGUGAGUUCUUCAGUGAUUAACAGAAGAUGGGUUAGCCCAAAGAAAAAAACGAAUAGGGCAUAAAUGAAGAACUGCAAAUAUGCAGGGGUUCACUCACUGUACAAGUUAAACCUGCAUAGUUUACAAGUUGUGUUUUCGUGACACCAUUUUGUGUGCACUCCGGGAAGUAGUGUUGCUACAAGGCCAGCGUCAGGAUGCAGAAACACUUGCAGUACAUAUUUACAUUUAUUUGAUGUGGCUGGAUGAAUGGGCAGUGUCUGCGUGCUUGGUGUUUGGCUCUUGUGUAUUUUGCUGUGAAUAUUUAUGCUUGGCGAUGUGCUGGAAGAGGAGGAGGGUGGGGGCUGUCUUUAACAGCAACAGUGUCACUGUGUUGUAGAUGAGAGAGAGAAAUAAACAACCUCUCGACGGAAUUGGGACCUAGUAAGUAAAGUCCAGGUCUUUCUUUCUCGCCCUCUCUGUCAGGGGUGUCCAAACGUUUUCCUCCGAGGGCCGCAUGCAGAAAAAUGGAAGGAUGCAGAAAGGGCCACUUAGGCAUUCUUCAACUUUAAUUCAUUAAAUGCGUUGAAAUCAAUCCAUCAAGCAAUGUUAUAUUGUUUUUAUUUACAGAAUAUUGUAGUUGUUUUUUAAAAACUUCUACAUCACAACUUUCGGUUAAAGAUAAGCCAAAUAGUUAAGGAUUUUGAGGUGGCCCACAUUCAGAACCAAAAUAAAAGUAAAGUUUAUUUGAGUAUCAUUCAUGUGAUAUGUUCACAAAUCGGACUUUAACGUGGAGCAGAAAGUGGAUUAAAACCGUUUUUGCUUCUGAAGCUGGAUUAACUUUAUUCACCAAGCGUGUUAUGAAGAGAAAAGUUGUUACUAUUUUACUUGUAAAUAGUUUCUAUGCAGCUUUGCAUAUGUAGAAAAUCUUUAUAUAAAACUAAACUAAAUAGUAGUAGUAGUGAUCAGGUGUGUCACACUCAUGGGGGAUGGUGUUUCACAACCCCCUCAGCUUUUUCAACAUAUACACUUUAACACCAACCUCCCCCACUACGCUUUUUUUUUUUUGUUUGUUUUUUUUAAUAGCGUUCCGGACUGUUAAAUGUAGGGCUGCAACAAUUAAUCCAGUAAUUGAAUUACAAAAAAAGGUCGAAGCAAAAUCUCUACCUCAAAGCUUCACAGGGAUCAUUUAUCCACAUGCACUCAUGUUACUGCAAUCUCACGCACAACUGCAUGUAGAAAUGAGUUGGCAUGAUGGCAGUGAGCCAGGAGGAAAGAGUGAAAAAGUUAGAGAUCAUUGCUGCAGGUGUACUUUCAAUCGCUUUAUUGAACAUACCGCAAGAAAACAAACACGUAAUGAACGCAUUUAAACAUGAGCUACUCAUGGCCACAACUCACGCCAGUGUCACUCAGCACCCAGUCGAGCUAAUGGGUUACCCCAGGCGUGUCAAACUCAUUUUUGUUGCGGGCCACAUUGUAGUUAUGGUUUCAAUCAGUGGGCUGUUAUAAAUGUGGAACCGUGUAAGUGUAUACUCUCCUCAUCAUUUCAUAUACAGUGUAACCUCGGUUUUUGUAUGCCCUUGUUUUCUUGAUUAAUUUUGAAAUUUUUUCGGCCAAAAUUUUGUCCCAGUUUUUGUACAUCCGCUUGGUUUUUGUACAAUUGAAAAUGGUUCAAACGCCCGUGUCACUGCUAACUUUCUUAUUUUAAAAUGCUUGCCAUUUCUCAGUCUUAUUAAAAGUGAAGACAAUUUAAAAUGUUGGUCCCUAAGAACAUGAAGUAGACGCACAUGAUUUCUUACGUGGGCCUCAUGAAAUUAUAUGGCAGGCCGGAUCUGGCCCCCGGGCCUUGAGUUUGCAACAUGUGGGUUAGCCAGUUAACAGCCAGCCCAGUUAACACUCAUUCGCUGACACCCACGUCACUUACCAAGCCAGGCCCCACCUUUUAAAUUGAUACGCACUUAGUCACAGAUACUACAGUAGAACAUGAGGAUGGUAACCUCAAGAAGACAAAAGUCAUACCUGCACCUCACAGGAACUUGUUGUUGGUUGAUAAUGCAAAAUCCAUUAUCAAUUUGUUUACUCAAUUAAUGAGUUCAGUAAUCGGUAGACUACUCGAUUCGAAAAAUAUUCGAUAGCUCCAGCCCAAUACCUCCCAGGCCGCAGUUUGGACACCCCUGGCCUUUAUCCUGUCUUGAGCUGUACACGACUUGUAAAAAAACAAAAACACACACACACAAUAAAUCCUAACUUUGCACAUAUGCAUUUUUGUUUUUUACUCUGAUUGCCUGCUUGUUUUCCCUUUAGCAGUUUUACAUUGUCAUGUUGUGACAUCAUGAUCAUGAUGCUAACACAAGUCUGUCGGUCCUCAGGUGCGUCUUCAGGUUCAAAAUGCGGACAAGCCUCUCUACCGUGGCACAUAUCACUGCUUCCAGUCCAUUGUACGCCAGGAGUCGACGUUGGGUCUAUACAAAGGCCUGGGCUCUCCAAUGAUGGGCCUGACCUUCAUCAACGCCAUCGUGUUCGGCGUGCAGGGCAACGCCAUGCGCAAGCUGGGUCGCGACACACCGCUCAACCAGUUCCUGGCAGGUGCCUCGGCGGGUGCCAUCCAGUGUGUCAUCUGCUGUCCAAUGGAGCUGGCCAAGACCCGCAUGCAGAUGCAAGGCACGGGAGAAAAGAAGUCCAAGAGGAAGAUGUACAAGAACUCUCUGGACUGCCUUGUGAGGAUCUACAACAAGGAAGGCAUCCGGGGCAUCAACCGCGGCAUGGUGACGACGCUCCUUCGCGAGACCCCAGGCUUCGGCGUCUACUUCCUGGCGUACGACGUGCUGACGCGCCACCUGGGCUGUGAGCCGGAGGACCCCUAUCUGAUCCCCAAGCUGCUGUUCGCCGGCGGCAUGUCCGGCAUCGCCUCCUGGCUCUCCACCUACCCCGUGGAUGUCAUCAAGUCCCGACUGCAGGCGGACGGCGUGGGCGGCGUACACCGCUACGGUGGCAUCGUUGACUGCGUGCGGCAGAGCGUGCGCAAAGAGGGCUGGAGGGUGUUCACGCGUGGCCUCACCUCCACGCUGCUUCGGGCGUUUCCGGUCAACGCCACCACCUUCGCCACCGUGACUCUCUUCCUGCUGUACAUGCGAAAGGAUGACGAAUGCGUCCUGAAGGGCCCAGAGCCGCAGGCCGUACCCAUGCAGCCGCUGCAGCCUCAGGCUCAAGCCACCAGCAUCUGAGCUCAGCCGCGCCAAGCAGAAAAGUGAUUGUAGGUACAAAUCACACAGGCGUAGUAUUUAAUAAUUAUAUAGUGAGAUGAAAUGGCACUUGUACAUAUCCUCUUUUUUUAUAUACUUCAUUUUUUUAUGCUCAUUAAAGAAUAGAGCCAACGUGGUUACAGGAGUUACUGUAAUGCACAGUAACGUGUUCAAAGGCUGCGGCGCCUCAUCUGUUGCAACGCAUAUCUUCAAUUAGACUUAUUUUAUGGUGUCAAACUACCAGCUUACUCCCCCCAAGUUCCACACUACACUUUUAUCAAUUUACCCUAAUGGUUACCUAAGUUGGGGGACUCGAGUGAAACCUAAGUUUCCAAUUUUAGGUCUACGGACUUACGAAAGACUCGACUUUGACUUGAAAUACAUGACAUUUGAAAAUCACCAAUUUCAAGAUAUGCUACUCACGACAGACUGAUAACAAAUGUCUCUUUGUUAGCAAGCUAAGCUAAACUCUAUUGGGAAGCUUCAACGUGCAUUGAGAUGAGUUUAUUCGGACACGAAGAUUUGACAAAUGAUGUUUUAUUCUAGUAGUGAUUGACGCACUUGGUUUUGGGUGAAAUUUCAGGAUGAACCUAAAAUGCCCUAAAAACUUUAUCUUCUCUAAACUUUUGAAUGUACUUGUCCAACUGUUCAAUGUUUCUGUACUUUUCACACAACUUUGUUCUUUAACAAGGAGACGAACGGCAACAUAUUAAGGACAUGCGGUUCUGUGCCUUUCUGUGACUCGUCCAGUAGCUCUAAAUUUCUGCUGAUGACACUGUGUGACACUCGAAACUUAGUGGCCACUUCUAUCUGAAAACAUCCCGUUUGAAGCCUUGUGAUGGGGAAGAAGUACUGCUGAGCAUUUGUUAGGCGUCGUGAACAGCAUGAUGAAGAGGACUGUUUAAACACCAAUUCUAAUUGAACCAGGAAAUUUGCUUCAUUCAUGUUGUGAAUUUAGCCGUUAAGCAUCUUGUUAGAGAACAGAAAGUCGUCCCAAAACAGAAGUACUGAGCUGUUAGAUGUGCAUUCAAAAGUUUAGAGGCGAUCACCUGUAAAGGUUUUAAUGCGUUUUAGGUUCAUCUUUAAAUUUCACACAGAAGCCAAAUAUUCCCAAUUUGUUGUGAGUAGUGUAGUGUGCCAUUUGUUGUUUUUGAAAGAAAAUAUUUUUUGGGGGUGUAGUGUGAGCGAACGUGUCAAUCCACCAGUAUGCGCGGACGCAUAGUGCAGAGGCCACCUCAUAAAGCAAAUCUCACGGAGGGAGCAUUGAAGAUUAUUACAUUUGGAUUCAAGGAUUAUGUGUUUGCUAAAAUUGGGAAAAAGAGUGUCAACAUGGAAGGUUAGCAACUCAGAGGAAACAACAUCUAACUUUAUCCAUCACAGUCACUCAAAAACCCACAAAGACAGGAAAGCUAACUUCACAGUUUAGCUGGUCAAACAUGAACAACAUUUUCUAUCUGUUAUGCGUGUAAUUGAGAAUAAAAUAGUGAUAGACAAAACGGAGACUGAUUUUGGAACCAAAAAAACAAACAAAAAAACAACCUGAUUGUUAAUCUGUUGGUGCAGCUAACUAACAGGAGCCCAGAUAUUCAGUGCAAUGUGGCUCGUGUGUGUGAGUAAGCUUGUACGACCUGACUUAUGUCUUUCCUAAAUUGCUUGAAAUUCAGUGGGGACUUGACUUGCCUUAUUUUUUUGCUACAGUAACAGAAAACUUUAAGACUCCAGACUCCCACCUCUGAUGGUUACAAACAUACUGUACAUACAUGUAAAUAUUACAUUUGUUUUCCUUAGCUUACAGCUGUGUCAUUGUCGGUGUACAGUAUUUCUUUAUAUAGAUCCUCCAGGUUAUGACAGUGGAACUUCCAAAGUCCAACACAGUCCACUCAGUGACGCUGGUUGAGUUCCCAAAAAGUGAAAUAAGUUUUAGGUGCAAACUGCUAUUUAAAAAAAAAAAAAAAAAAAUUAUAUUUGCACACAUAACGCAAGGUUUUAGAGCAAUACUGUCACUAAGUGGCAUUGCUUUAUUUAAAACUGUCAAUUUGGUGUAUGAAAUUGAUAUUUAAUUAAUUGUAUCAGUCAUAGUAUACUGAGCAAGACUUUCCUAUGACAGUAAGGUCCAUUUUAUGUUCUGCGGUUGUCACUUUUUUCAUCACUCAUCACAGAAAAUCCAAAGAAAAAGCAGACAAAAUAAAACACGGUUUUCAGUUCAGAUGCUGCCUGAGCUGAAGUCUAGGGUUUGUUGCACUUUGGAGGUUCCACCGACCGUGCUAGACCAUCACCGUCCCGCUGCAAUGUAAAUUUUAAGCAAAAUGGCCGAUGCAGAGAAUGUGUAACGGUGGUCUUGAAUGUUUAAAAAAAAAUAAAAUAAAUUAAGAUAUUGUAUAAUAGUUGGAUCCAAAUGAUUGCAAAGCAUGUAUAAAAGCAGUGUGCCUGUGUUAAAUUAAGCACAUCUCUAUGCAAUUUACUUAUUUUUCUACUCCUCUCCCACUCGAUUAUUUAUGCCCCCUUUGAUUCCAUAUUUUGUUACAAUGUCAAUUGUGCUAAAAUGCUGUCAUCGAUUUAAUUGAGUGCCAGUAAAAGGCACACCAUUUCUUGUCAAAUGGCUUUUUUGUUUAAGGUAGUUUGAGUCAUCAAGAGGUUACAUAUGGUGUGUGUGUGUGUGUAUGUAUGUGUGUAUAUAGCGGUGCCUUGAAAUAAGAGUUAAAUUCAUUCUGUGACCAUGCUCGUAUCUCAGAACACUCACCUCAAAUCAUCUUUCUUUAUUGAAACCAAUGAAAAUGCACUUAAUCCGUUCCAGCCCCUAAUAAAACACCAACAUCAUUUGUUAAUGUGCUUUUUCAGAAUAAAAUUGCACUCAACAGUAUUGCACUGUAUAGAAACACAAUAUUUACUGUCCACAUAACCUGGAAACAUGGAAAAUGUAAGUACAAAACACAACUGUACCUAAUGCAUUGUUCUUCUGUGGGGUUUAUUGGCAUUUGGCAUACCAGCCUAAUAGUGCAUUACCGCCAUCAAUUGGUAUUGUCCUUCCACUGCAAGGAAGUCUAUGUGAAUUGAUUGUGGCCUAAUGGAGGGAGGUUUUGCUGCCCACUUCUAACAGUGGGGUUCUGAAAUGCAUAUUUUUGCUCGCAUCAAUAUGAAAAGUGGGCCCAGCAAUGGCUCAUAUAGUGAAAAACAAGCAAUUUAAGGAACUCAUAUCUCAAGGCACCACUGCAUAAUAUACACAGAUGAUAUUGCAAUAAAUUAGUCCUACCCUGCUGCAAGGCAACAUGUAGAUGCCGAGAAAGUAACAGCUGCUGUUGUUGAUUUUUCACUUGAUGCUGCUGAUUUGUACUUUUUUUGGUGGUUAUAGUUGUACGACUAUUAUAAAAUGGAACAAUUGAUCAUUAUGGUUAAAGCAGUAUUUACUGUAUACGUGAAAUUGUGUUAUUACGGGGGUUCCCCGGUUUAUGAUAAGUUCCAUUUAGAGAGAUUAAAUAGACUGAUUUAGACAGCGACGUAGAUACAUAGUAGCGACAAGCGAGGCAACCUGGUAGAAAACAGUAAAAGGUGUGAAAUGUGAACGUUUGCUUUGAGUAGGCAAACAGCCCCAUCUGGUGGGAAAAUGUAAAAAUAAAAACAAUUGGGAGCCAGAACAGAGGCUCCUCUGUUUACGACGUUCCAUUUCUCAAGUUGCGACGUUAUC